UUCCAACGCCCAAGUCGCGUUCUAUAUAUUACCGUCCCGGUUUUGGGAGUUGGCGCUUGGCGCGUGCGUGUUUCAUAUGAUGCCGAACUAUGCACCCGGUACGGACACCAUUGCGAACGGCGUCAGGUAUAUAAUAUUGCAGGUUGCAUCGUCGUUGUUGCUCAUUGUUGGGCUGUUGUUCACGCCAAGUGGUUGGGGGUUUCCCUUCCCUUGGGCGUCGCUGAGUGUUGGCGGGACGCUCUGCUUUAUAGCUGCAGGUAGUUCACCGAAUGCGAUUCUAAAUGCGUGCUUUGGCAGCAAGUUCUUGGUGUACAUCGGUAAUCUGUCAUAUGCCCUCUAUCUGUGGCAUUGGCCAGUACUAGUGUUUAUGCGGGGGACCGAAUGUCUCAAGUCUCCGACGUCCAUGGUGAUUGUUUUUGCCAUAACCUUAGCACUCGCAAUGGCCACGUACCACUUGAUGGAGGCUCCCCUUCACAAGCGUCGCCCGAAACAAACCUCCAAGAUCUUUGGGAUCUUAUUACCCUUGCUCGCUAUCACGGCCCUGAUCUCUUGGUCUCUGGGCUUCUACUAUAUCGGCGCCGUCUACGUGGAUGCCACAUGUUCCGACGGUGCGACCACUUCCAGCACCGCAGCCACGGCCAAUUCCACUUCCCAUGAAGUAUGCUCUGGCGGGGGCGGGUGGCACGGGAACCCAUUGACGUGGCACCCUGACAAGUCGUCUUCUUGCCCCAUGAACUUCUCAUGGAGCAGUUAUGCGAGACACUGCGGCGAGGACGCCAGCGACGUGACGCACUCCAGAUUCUUAUUUCUGGGGGAUUCGACGAUGCACAACUUGUAUAGCAGGCUGCGCCCUAUUUUCGAUAGUGCUUGGCAUGACACGGCCGUCUCUAAGAAUGAUUGCGACAGGAUGGAAUUCCUAGGUUUGGAUCCAGCGCCAGAGUGGGUGCCUCCGCCGCAAGGUUUCGCCCCGCUCUUCAAAGGUCUUACCCACCCUUAUUGCCAAGACACUCGGUCAUUCAGGUGUUAUCGUGGUCAGGUUUCUGUUGCUUCGGGCAAUGUUAGCAAGCAGUGCGUGCUGGAUUUUGAGUACGUUCCCGUGGAAUACGCGAGAGAGGUUUCAUUGCAGACUAACGAGACAAAUACCACUCAGGGCACCAUUGCCGCUUAUGUUAAGAAGCGGUACGGCAGCGUGGACGCCAUCAUUACGAACCAGGGCUUACAUGAUUUCUACAUUGAAGCCAUGUCAGCUGACGACUAUGUAGAGUCUGUUCGCGAACAGUUGCUCGCUUUUCAAGGCUCGGUGACCGUGAUUGUCUGGAUCUUGAUAAAUCACAUUUUCGAGGAUCCCGUUCAGAUGCCGUUGCAUACCAAUGCGCGGUGCGCGCAGUGGAACGAGGCGGUGACCGACAUGAUAUCCAGUGAAUUCCCCAACGUGUAUAUUUUGGAUGCCUAUAAAAUGUCCCAACUUCAGAGCAUGCACACGGACCCUUUUCAUAUGACACUGGACUAUUACGACGUUCUAGCCGACAUAGUCCUCAGUUUUGCGAUACCGAAUGCGGACCAGUGAUCGAGGGGGUGGUGGGGGAGGGGUCGGCGGAUUGUGCAGAUGUGCUGCGAGAACUGGAAGUCCGAGUAGCCAGCAGCGGGCACGCUGUGGCACGUAAUCUUUUUCGCGCGAUCAAUCGCAAUGCGCUUUCUCCUGCGCAUCAGUCACAUUUGAGCGGAUGUUCGGCGACGAUGCGAAGGGGUGCAUUCUCAUCGUGUGAGAUGGGAGUUGAGAUGGGUGGUUUUCUCCUUGCUUCCACCAUGUAUCGUAUACUAUCAUCCCCUGCUCCGUUUUGUACCACUCUCGAACCAGAGAGUUUUUUCCAUACAUGGCUAUCCAUUGCCAGCAACUUUCUCCAGCUGGGCUUCGAAGCAAGCCGGUGCGGGGGCUUCUUAGAUGAUAACAAAUCUGCAUUUGAAGUUCGUGCGAGCAGUCAACAUUGCAUCAGGCAGAGCCUUGGAUGACGACAACAGCGGGAAGUUACGUGCGUUCCCCCCGACCGAACGUGGUGACAUUAACCUGGUCGGCCUCUAUAUAACACUGCCGCUGCGUGGGAGUUGCAUCGGCUCCUCGAUGGGUGCAGUGAGAGCUCCCCUGAGGGGCAGUGGAUUGUUUGGUGUCCGAGCUCAUCUUUUUCUGGGAUUCGCGCCUUCCCUGACGCAUAUAAGCGCGAUGGCAGGCAGUUCUUCAAACAUGGCAUUCGCAUGCGCAAAAGACAUUUGCGCAUUGCUUAAUUCAACCAACCUUGCAAACGCACACCAUUGUUUGCUCACGCGUGCAGUUCGCCCGCGAUCACGUCUGCAAACAGACGAGUGCACAUUUUAAUGGCUGGGCUUCAGCCGGCGCCUGAGGCUCAAUUAUUACCAGGCCGGUCUGCGCGUGCGCGCAAAGAAGAAAGAUGCGCCCAAGGGAGGACCGCCCAACAUGUCUUUCAGACUCGCAAGAUGGGGGUCCCAAGACGCCCGUCAGACCCUCCAAGACGAGCCCCGAGUGGCCUGGCGUGGGGGCCUGCUGGCAGGAUCGCUGCAAGAGCCUGGAGUGGUCAACGCGCAUUUAGCGACUUGGCGACAAAGCUUCGCCGUCGCCUAUGCACGCCCAGAGGCACUCGUGUCGCGAACGGCUCGAAGUAGGCUUGCCUUUGCGGGCGGGUUGACACGCUUUCUUGGCAGGGUUUUGUCUCCUCGCCCUUCUUUGGAG